AUGUUCACCCCCUUGGAUACUCUGGAAAUCAAAACAUCCGCCAUUGAAUGGCUUCAGCAAUACCACGCAGCCGGUGAUGCCCUCAAUCCCGAUGUCUCCGUUCCUAAAUUCUACACCCCAGAUUGCGGUCACGACGCCAUUAAGGGUUUCUUCAACAAGCAAUUCUCCCUUCUUGAUAGCAUGACGCAUACAAUUGGCCAUGUGGAUGUGUUGCCGGAUCGGAUUUACCAGGAGGCCAAGAUUGAAUAUGUAGUCAAGGGGGAUCCGGAGCAGAAGGUCAUUAAGGUUGACGGCCUUGCAGUUUUUGGUAGACGAGUUGGAGAAGAUCAGAUGAGCUUUUUCACUGUCUAUUUGGAUCCUCGCCCGUUGUUAGAGAGGAAGCAGAUGGUUUCUGCGAUGGGAAGUUAG